GUUGGAGUGUUGUGUUGUUGCUUUUCGGUAUGACAGCUGAACGUGUUUUCAACUGGACUGUUGUUGUGCUCACGUGUCAGCACAAAGACAGUGUUUAUGCUUUCCAGAGAGCAGCUCAUCUAUGGCACAAGUCUCUCCAGCUGCAGAAGUUUUCCCUGCUCAGCAUCUGGGAAGAUUUGUCAUUUGAUGCAGAUAGCAAAACCUCACCUGUCAGGCUCUCUCUCUGGUUUCCUGUUUGUCUGUGUCCCAAAUGUCUCCCUGUUCAGGUGUAUGAAGUGUACACUCUGUGUAGUGCACUUCUCAUGCAGUUUACAGACAUGGGAUGAAAGACUCUUAUUUCAGAUGAUUAUAUUUACAAUCAGAGAUCCAGACUUUAACCCAAAUUGUUGCCACUAUUAAUAUAACCUUGUAUGAGAUACUGACUGUUAGAGCCUUGUGAAGUGGUUCACCGUAGCUGAUGUUCUACUGAUGUCUUUGAAUGGUGGUGUGAAAUAGUUUGAUGUGUAUUUUAUGGUUAAACGUGUGUGGACACGGGACCAGGACCAGGACCAGGACCGGGACCGGAACCACUGAACCUUCCAUUUUGGGAUCCAUUAAUACAGAUCAGGUCUCAUCUUUACUCUUAUAGUAACCUCUACUCUUCUCAGAAGGCUUUCCGCUACAUUUUGGAGCGACGCUUUGAAGAUUUCUGCCUUUUCACCUACAACAGGUUGGGAACUGAUGUCCAGAAAGAAGUUAAAAAAAAAAAAGUUCAUCCCAAAGGUGCUCAGUGGGGUUGAGGUCAGGGCUCUGUGCAGGACACUCGAGUUCUUCCACUCCAACCUUCACACACCAUGUGUUCAUGGAGCUCGCUUUGUGCACAGGGGCAUUGUCAUGCUGGAACAGGUUUCAGCCUCUUAGUUCCAGUGAAGGGAAACUGUAACGCUACAGCACACAGACUAUGACGUCGUCAUGGUUAAUCCGACUGCUGCGCAGGACUACGAUUCCCAUCAGCCACUGCACCUCACCAGAUCACGUCACAUGACUGUUCGCACCUGAUUCACGUUUUGGUUUAAUGAGCACAUGGUAUUUAAGUUGCGUCUUGCACUUCAUGCUUUGUGUAGCUUUUGUCUUAUGUUGCCGUCGUACGUUUUACGAUCCUGAGUCCUUAGAUUUCUUUCUUCCUCGUGUUCAGAGUUCAUCUUCUACAGUGUUUAGUUGGAGGUGCGGCAGCAGCGUGGGAUUCUGCCCCCCGGAGCGCUGCUGCUCACUGUCCCUGACCCACAGGAGCACGUCGGCAGUGGGGGAGCUACUCUCAACGCACUGCUGGUGGCUGCAGAGCACCUCAGCGCCAGAGCCGGAUACACAGUGGUGACUGCAGAUGUCUUGUACGAUGCACACAUUCUCAUUUUGCACACGGGCAGAGAUUUUCCCUGGGAUGGCUGCAGUAGGGCAUUCUGUUGGAUGCCUGUUAGUGCAGCUGAGCAAAGUGUUGAGGGACCAGUUUGCUGCUUAGAUAUGUUACUGAACUGCCUUUCAACUAAGGUGUGUGCUGGCUCUCCACCAGGUGUCUGGGUGUGUAGUACUGACAUGAUCCUGAGCAUCUCUACAAUGCCAACAGUGCUGUGGGAGGACUUCACUGGUGUGCGGGCUGUGUCCUUACCUGGUGACAUGUCUUUUGCUGUGAACCAUGGAGUCUACCUCACAGACACACAGGGUGGAGUGCGUGAUGUUAUCUACCGCGGUUCAGAGGAGAGGAUCCGCUCUGCUGUACUGCCUGAUGGGAAAGUUCCUCUGGUGUCAGGGCCUGUAUAUUUCUCCAGCUCUGUAUCUGAGAGACUUUUACAAACUCACGUCACUCCACCGCUGGACGGCUGCACUUACCUGGGCAUGGACUCCGGAGCACUACCUCUACAGAUCUCUCUCUUUCUGGAUAUCCUGAUGUGCCUUUGCUCAGACCUGACCGAAGCUGAGUUUGUGAAUGGAGUGAGAGCAGGUUGCAGUUCACCUUCGGGUCCACAGGGGGAGGCAGUGAAGAGCGCUCGCUCUGUGCUCUGGAGGACUUUGAGAGGCGUUCCCCUUUUUCUGGUACACGCUUCAGACGGACACUAUGAUUAUCUGACAAUGUCAGGCAGGGAACAUAUUGUACGUCUGACAGAGGCAGGAUCAGAGACACAGAUUCUUUCCCACAUACAGGAGUUGCAGUGUGUGAGCGAGAACAGUAGGAUAAUUAACAGUGUCCUGGAAGGAGAGGUGCAUGUUGCAGCAGGGGCUGUUGUGCAACACUGCCACUUACAGGGCCCAAUUCAAGUGAAUUCUGGGUGCCUCCUCUCCGGCCUGGAUCAGACGGUUUCAGAUCAACUACAGCACCUGCCUCUGACCAGCGACAUCAUUGUGCAGGGGCACAGGGUGAAUGUGGGAGAGCUGAAGUUAACUGUGUUUACAGUGUUUGGGGCGUAUGACAGUUUGGAGGCCCAGAGUGAUGAUGUUGCUGCUUCAUUCCUCAAUCAAACAUGGAGUCACUUCUUUAGCAGCACUGGAAUACAGCGAGAGGAUCUGUGGGGAGCAGCGAGUGGAGCGCGUCAGACUCUGCUGGACGCUCGCUUGUUCUUGGCAUUUAUGCCAAAGGGAGGUACAGUAGGGCUGGAUGGCGUGCGCUUCCUACUGGGAGGCUCUGGGAGUAUAGAGAGCUGGAGAUCAGCAUGGAGACUCUCUCUUAGGGAGGUGCUGUCUCUCACUGACCAGCAGCGUGAACUGCAGUGGAGAGAGGAGCUGCUGUUUAGUGCAGGGCGGAGAAGAGCGGCGGACGCAUUGAAGAGCCACGCAGCCCACAACCUUCUGCCCUGCAUGAGAGCAGCAGUGCUGGGAGGCAAACACAUAGAACUACUGAGCACACUCGACUCCGUGGCUUCAGGAAGUCUUGCCGAUCUGGGUGUAGCUGCACGUACUUUGGCAUGCAUCGCUGAUGUUCUUGGUUGCAUGGCCGGCGAGGGGAAAGGGGGUUUGAGGAGUGGCCCGGCUGCUAAUCCAUCCUGGGCUUCUGCUUUCAGCCUGCUGGAGCAGGGCAAGCUGGAGGCUGGUGUCGUGGAACUGGCCAAUCAGAGAGCCCGCUGGCUCAACAGACCAGAUCUGCUGGUAAGAGCUGCCAGACACUACGAGGGUGCAGGACAGAUCCUUCUCAGGAAAGCGGUGAUGUCUGCACGCCAGUUUGUGCUCAUUGGUCAAGGCGAGAUGCCGCCAAUGGGAGAGUGGCAGGAAGUGGAGUGUCCAGCCCGACUGGACCUCUCUGGUGGGUGGAGUGAUACUCCCCCGAUUGCGUUUGAGCAUGGAGGUGUGGUGGUGAACGUGUCUGUGAAGGUGGAUGGAAAACGACCGAUCGGAGCCCGAGUGCGUCGCAUUCCAGAGCCCCGGCUGGUGUUGGUGAGCCGCAGCGGCCCUCCAGAUUGCAGCAUGACUACACAGACUGUGUGUAAUGACCUCACUGACCUGGAGGACCACUGCCAGCCCCAUGCGCCUGGUGCCCUGUUAAAGGCGGUGUGUGUGUGCAGUGAUGUAGUGUGUUUUACGUCUCCUCUGUCCCUGGAGCAGCAGUUGCUGCAGCGCUGGGGAGGAGGACUGGAGCUGCACAGCUGGUCUCAGCUGCCUCAUGGCUCAGGACUUGGUACAAGCAGUAUCCUGGCAGGUGCGGUUCUGGCAGCUGUGUACAGAUGCACUGGCCGGAGUUAUGACACCAGUUCUCUCAUCCACGCAGUACUACACCUGGAGCAGAUACUCACCACAGGUGGAGGGUGGCAGGACCAGGUAGGAGGGCUGGUAGGUGGAGUGAAGGUGGCGCGGUCUCGUCCCAUCCUGCCCCUGAGAGUGGAGGCGGAGCAGCUCGUGCUUCCUCAAGGCUUCCUCACUGCGCUGCAACAGCGUCUCCUGCUGAUCUACACCGGCAAGACACGACUGGCACGCAACCUGCUACAGGAUGUGGUGCGGAAUUGGUACAGUCGUCUGCCGUCGAUCGUACAGAACGCAGAGCAGCUGGUGAGCAAUGCUGAGGAGUGUGCACGGGCCUGCACCGAGGGAUCUCUUACCAAACUAGGGGCCUGCAUGAACCGCUACUGGCUGCAGAAGAAAGCGAUGGCUCCAGGAUGUGAACCAGCCGCAGUGAGAACCAUGAUGGACGCCCUUCAACCUAUAGCCUUAGGGCAAAGUCUGGCAGGGGCAGGAGGCGGUGGCUUCCUGUUCAUACUCACAGAGCACGCCCAGCAGGAGCAGAACGUACGACAGAUCCUCAACAGCACACAGGGUCUCUGUGAUUUCAGCGUGCACUCAGUGGAGAUUGACAUGGAAGGGAUUACAGUCAUACAUCAGAGCACAGGUGAUGCUCAGCGUCCCAGUUAAACUACACAAACUGCAGCAUACUUUCUGCACCAAGACUGGAAAAGUGAAGCAUGCUGAACGGAUCAGAAAAAAAGAUAAACCAGAACGAAGUGUGAAAUGUAAUGACCAAAGGUGUGUAUAUAUAGUACAUAUGUAGAUUGGAAGAAGAUCAAGCAAUAUUUUUUCAGUAUUCAGUUUGGAUGAGUCUGUGCAAACUACAGCUUCAGAUUUGCAGACCAUCCAUGUAAAGGUUCAGCGUGUUGUGUUUUGUGAUGCUUUUCUGCUCAGCACGUUUGCAAAGACUGUAUACAUACUGUAUAUACACUGCCCACACAAUGAAAAAAAUCAUUAGAAAUACUGAGAACUGGAGAACAAAUGAAGCGAGACCCAGUUGUUGUUCUUUUGGCUGCUCUCGUUAGGGGUCGCCACAGCGGAUCUUCGGUCCCCGUAUUUGAUUUGGCGCAGUUUUUACGCCGGAUGCCCUUCCUGACGCAAUCCGGGCUUGGAACCGGCACUGAGAGCACGCUGUUGCACACAACACCAGCAGCUGGGGCUGGUUCCCUGGCUGGGACUCGAGCCCGGGCCGCAGUAAUGAGAGUGCUGUGGCCUAACCACUGGUCCUCCAGGGACCCUGAAGCGAGACCAAGUAAUUUUGGUUAAAACAAAAACUUGAAGCUUGUAACUCGGAAUCAGAGAGUAAAAUCUAAACAAUGUUCGCACAUCAAUAACUUCACUUUAAAUGUGUUAAUUUAUCAGCAUUUAUCUGAAAGGUGCAUUCUGAGUGCACAAAAGGAUAGAACAAAUAUCACGUAUAAAACAGAUGAACAGACUGCAGUUCAUUACACGAAAGCAAAAAUGAUGGGUUUUAUGUUAGUAGCUGAUUUUUCCGCUCUGGGUUUAUGGUUUUAUUUUGAUCCCUAGUGCAAUAACAGAGACUAGCUCUUUCUUUAAAUCGUUCAAUUCUAUUAUGAUCAACAAGAUGUUGUUUUAACUGAGAACAUUUGAUGGGCUGGAUGGGUGUAAAGCUUCCCGAUCCGUAGCUUAGUGUCACCAAGCUGAUACCCUCUGGGGUAAAGCUGGAUUUUUUUAAUGCCUUCUUACGGUUUAUAGAGUGGAGCAGGUGGAGUGGAGCUGCAGAAAGAUUGUUCCUCACACAGGAACAUACAGUGAGAAGAGCAAUUAAAAGCAGUGUUUCACUGCUGAUGUUCUGCAAAUGUGGCAGAGAGGUCAUGAAAUAGUGAUUUUUUUUAAUGAAAGGAUGGGUCAAAAUGCUUUAAUUCAAACUAAAUAUUUGACACUGUAAUAUAUUGCAAAUGUAAUAUUACUCCUAAGUUUUAUAUAUUUUUAAUUACAAUCAACUUCUGUACAUGUAAUUUGUAUAAAAAUACUGUAUGUAACUGUACUGCUAAAUAAAAUGUGUAAAUUGCUCUUUGGAUGUUAUUGCAAUAGAUCAUGUAUAGUGUAAAAAAAAAAAAAAAAAAAAAAAGUCAUAUGUGCACAUUAUGUUCAUGUGGUUAUGAAUAUUUUGAAGUGUAAAAUUUAAAGAUGGAAAUAUUUCCAGUCUAAUGGAGUUUAUUUAAUAUCAGACCUUUCCAGUUGAAACAUGUUAUGAAGGGUGUCCUCGAUGUAAAGUGCAGCAGGAGAUUUAAAUAAGUAUUUUAAGUAAAAUGAGAAAUAAUAGUCUUUUUAGACAGCAAUGUACAGUCAUGGGGAAAAAGAAAGUACACCCUC